AUGGAGCUUGGGAGUCAGUCGUGGAAGAAGAAGAAGAAGGGAAAGGUGCAGGCUCCGCCGAUGGAAAUCACGAAGAUCAUGGGGUCGGGUGCUUCUGAAAACCGCGUCGAUUUGACUUUCUUCUCCGAUGGAUACCUUGAAUCGGAGAAACAGAAGUUCAUCGAUGAUGUGACUUGGCUUGUGGACGAGAUUGCAGGCAAUCAAACAUUCCAUACCGUCUCACCCCUGCUCAACUUCUGGGCCGCGUUCACACCUAGUAAUGAGACCGGCGUAGGUGUGGGAGGCAAGCCUAAAGAGACUCCCUAUGGUCUGUAUCGCGAUGGCACAGAGCUGCGCGCGUUAUAUUACGCGUAUCCUGAGGUCGGACGCGCUGCAUGCCAGGCUCUGGGAGAUAAAUGCAAUUACCCCAUUCUCAUCGGUAAUGACCCAUUGUAUGGAGGUCUCGGUGGUGAAUUUACUACAAUCACUCCCUCUGUGGCCAACGGACCACUGAUCCUCAGACACGAACUCGGCCACUCUGUCAUCCGAGUUGGCGAAGAAUAUGAUGGUGGUUUCGCCUAUUUUGGCCCCAACGCGGGCCACGACCUAUCCGAGCUGCCCUGGACACAGUGGCUUACCAAACCCCUCAUCAAAGACACCCUUUUUGAGCCUCGCGUUGAACGCUCCGUGAUGCCACUGCAGGCCUACCCAUGGACGCUCCUCAACACUACCAAGCCUUGGUCGACGACUUUCCUCUCGUCCGGAACUUACUCGCGUUAUCUCGUCCGAUUCUCACUUAGCGGGCUUCCAGAGAAAGGCGACGUCAGUGUGCUUUUUGAUGGCGAGGAUCUAGGUUGGGAGCCGAAAGAAGGGCUGGGUAUGGAUCGGUACCAUUAUGAUAUUUAUAGGGAUGACACCUUGAGCGAGGGCGAGCAUGAGGUGAAGUUUAUGUUGAAUACAGAGGAGAGGGAGGGUGUGGCGCAGUUGUGUAACGUUGAGAUCCUGGAGUUCGGGAGCGAUCCAGAUGAGUUCAAUUCGACAGCGGGCUUCUACGGCGUCUUCCCGACGUUCAGCGAAAAGAACGAGACCUCGUACCGGCCGACUAACGAAGACUGUCUGAUGCGCAUCGUCACGACACCUAACUUCUGUAGCGCCUGUGUCGAAGGCCUGUGGCACUCGCUCCUCAAGCGUGUGGAUCUCAUAGACAACAUUACCACCACAUGUCAACUCACUCCCUUCGGCACCUGGAAACGUACGUUCGAGCUCUUCCUGGUCCCGAUUGGUCAGUUUAGAGAGGACGAGACGAAUGCCGCGGAGAGUUACAAGAUUGAGUGGAAGAAGGACGGGAAACCGAUCAGUAAGUAUGAGAAUGCGACGGUGUUGGAGGUGAGUGGGAGUGAAGGGGGGGAGUGGGAAGUUGAGGUCAUGUUUGAGACUGAGGAGGUUAGAGUGGAUCCGGAGGAUUUAUUGACGUCGUGGAGGGGUAUCUCGGUUGAUGGUGGGUGUGUCUAG